AUGAGACUUUUCCUUUCAGUGUCUGAUCAUAUAUCGCGGCAUUCAUUUCAUACCCGAUCGAUUUUAGACAAGAAAGUUAUUAAAAAAGAUUUUAAAUGAUGGAUGACGAUGAUCAAAAGAUGGCCAUCAUGCGCAAGGCCUUCCAAAUGUUCGACACAACAAAGUGUGGUUUCAUUGAAACCAUCAAAAUUUCCACGAUCCUCAACACUAUGGGUCAACUCUUCGAUGAAGGUGAACUUCAGGCACUCAUUAGUGAGCAAGAUCCCGAAGGCAGCAACAAAGUCAAUUUCGAUGGUUUCUGCAACAUCGCAGCACAUUUCCUUGAAGAAGAAGAUGAUGAAGCCAUGCAACAAGAAUUGAAAGAAGCUUUCCGUCUUUACGAUCGUGAGGGAAAUGGUUAUAUUACAACAUCCACAUUAAAAGAAAUCUUGGGUGCUCUCGAUGACAAACUCACAAGCUCUGAUUUGGAUGGAAUCAUUCAGGAAAUUGAUACUGAUGGUUCAGGAACUGUCGAUUUUGAUGAAUUCAUGGAGAUGAUGACUGGAGAUUAAAAAGCUUUCCUUCAUCUCCAAUCAAUUGUAACCUUAACUGUUUUUCUAUACACUCAAACUCAUUACACAAUUUUGAUCAGUAAACUUAUUGAGAUGAAAACAUGAAGAAAGUUCUGUCAACGAUAAAAAAGCUUAAUGUCAAAGGUUUUUUUUCUACCAAGAAUAUUAUGUGUAAAUACGAUAAAUUACGGUAUUUAAAUUUGAUGAUUCAAUAAAAUGAAUUGUGCGAUAAGAAGAUCUCAGAAUAUUUUACAUAAC